CUUGCAAGUGGCGUGUCUAGCUAAAACUACGUGAGUUUCAUAUAUUCCAUCCCUUAGUGGAAGUUCGAAAUAUUGAAACAGAUAAGUUUUUAUAAAUAAAUAUAGGCAGACAAAGAAAUUAAAACAUUUACUCAAACCGUUCAAUCAGUUAAUAGGACAAUUAGGAUAAGUAAUGAAAGUACUUGUCACAGGAGGUGCUGGAUACAUUGGCUCAGUUUUAGUGCCAAUGCUUUUACACGAAGGACACGAGGUUACAGUAUAUGACAAACUGAACUGGGGAAUACACUCAUUAAUGCAUGUUGUUCACAUGUCUAAUCUAAGAAUUAUUCAGGGUGACGUGACAAAUCGAGAUCAUAUUGCUGAAGUUGUUUUAGGUAAAGACGCCAUUAUCCAUCUCGCUGCAGUAGUUGGCUAUCCUGCGUGUGAUUCAGACCCAGAUGCUGCUUUGUCAACAAACAUUUUGGGAACACAAAACGUAGUUGAUAACAUGUCGAAAACACAAAUUAUGAUAUUUGCAAGUACAGGAUCUUGCUAUGGGUAUGUAGAAGGUGUCUGUACUGAGAAAACAACACUACAACCUCUUUCGCUGUAUGGAAAAAGUAAAGUUCGUGGAGAAGAAAUAGUUCGGUCUGUUGGUGGAAUAUGUCUAAGAUUCGCAACGUUAUUUGGACUGUCCCCUAGGAUGAGACUUGGUCUUUUAAUAAACAAUUUAACAUUUACAGCUGUAAAGGAAAAUCAUAUUCAAUUGUUUGAAGGUCAUUUCAGAAGGACAUUCCUGCAUGUUCGAGAUGCUGCACGUGCAAUUAUAUUUGCUUUGGAUAAUGCAAUAGUAAUGUCGGGUCAAGCAUUUAAUAUUGGAGAUGACCAAUUAAACAUGACAAAGUUACAAGUUGUACACAUUAUACAGGAGGUAUUACCUGACUGCACUAUUAGCACAAUAAGUGAUAAAACCGAUAAUGACAAAAGGGAUUAUGAGGUGUCGUAUGAGAAAAUACAUAAAUUAGGUUUCCAUCAUAAAAUUGAAGUAAAGGAAGGAAUUCAAGAAAUGCUUAAAGUAUUUCCUUUUCUAUCAUUAAAAGACAGCAUCAAAUAUUCGAAUAUAUAACGCUGCACAUUAAUGAAAAUAUAAUAGGACAAAAACGACAUUUAAAUAUAAGAACCUUUUUGUUAAAUAUAUAUAUAAUUUAUCCUAAGACUUUUCAAAGACAAUUUUGUUGAUUUUCUAUUGAUGUUUGGAUGAUACAAAGGCGCAGUUUCACAUGAAAUUAGGAAAUGUACUAGAUUUCGGCACAAAAUAGUCGCUGACUUUUAAGCUUAUAAAGCUCAAUUUGGUCCUCUGGACACCAAAACUAGAACGGGAGCCGAUAUAAAACCCAGUUUAUUAAACAAAUAUACCUAUUUCUUUUUUUUUUAUGAAAAUGAUAAAAUGAAACUUUAAAUAAAACGGAAAGAGCAGUGAAAACAAAUUUUGUCAUAGAAACCUUCAGAAGACAAACUUUAACGUUUUGAAAUCUUCCUUAAUGCGCAUGUUGUAUUUCUGAAAAGAAACAUAAAUAAUUGUAAGAAUAUUACAAUGAAA